AUGGUCUCAACAAUCCAUCUAGCACACAUGCCCCCCGAUCUCCUCCUCUAUGUGGCACUCUACGUCGAUGUGUCGAACGCGGCUUUCCUCAAAGAUCAGCUCUUAGCUGGCAACGCCGAAUUCGAAUACGCAUUCAUAGACGCGAGCAUGAUUCUGUCAACCAAACACGUUCUCGCAGCAUCCUUUCGCGCCAUGAACGACUACUUGAACGACAGGCUCAAGUCGCGCAACAUUCAUUCUGAGAUCGUCUUCUCAUUAAGUCCGAGUAAUAAUAUAGCCGAAGCAUUCCGACGCUUCGGCAUCACCGAGACCACCAAGAAUCUCCUCGUGCUCAAGGUCGCCACUACACCCGACGUGACGCACGAGAGUGUCUCCUCACAUUUAUCAACGCGCAUUCAAGGCACGGAGUGCGUGUUUGAAGACGCGACGAUUCGUAAAGUUUCGGAUCUCGAGCGGAUUAGGAAGGCAUAUAAACUCGGCUCGGCCACCAACUCGGCAGACAAGCAGGCUAAUAUUGUUGAUGGCACGAUGAGGGGAGGGAGUGGCAAGGACGUUGAUGACGAGCAGACGAGGAUCAGGAAUCUUGAAGUUCAGAUCCUCGGACUCAUGGCUCUCAGAGGCGCGACUUGA